AUGACUUCCUUCUUUGGAAAACUCAAGAGCCAGAAUGCUACGAGCCCGGCAGUUGGCAGUACCGCCGCCAAAAAAGACCACCAUGCGCCCUUACCAACCCCCCUGGAGCGCAUGCUCGUGAAUGCCGGUCCAAUUCGCAAUGAUGGAAGCGACAAAUUUUUUGGCAUGGAAAACUUCGGAAACACCUGUUAUUGCAAUUCCAUCCUACAAUGCCUUUAUUAUUCUGUUCCUUUCCGAGAAAACGUCCUCUCGUAUCCCCGACGAUCGACAUUGGAAUCCGUCACCCGUGCUCAAGCGAAUGCUCCUCCUCGUCGACCGCCAAAUCAACAAAAUGGCGUGGCAAAGAAACCUCCGGGCCCUUCGUCCUCUCGAAAUGCUGGAACUCCCCCCCAACAACAGAAACCAGAAGAUAAGGACUCCCCGGAAUACAAGAAAAAGCAAGCAAUAUUGGCUGGACCCAUAUUGAACAUGAGCUACGAGAAUUCCGAGGACUAUGAAAUGCCAGAGACUCUUUUCACUUCAUUAAAGGAUCUAUUCGAGGCAGUUGUCCUCAACCAGUCGAGAAUAGGUGUUGUCAGCCCAAGCAGGUUUCUCGAAACUCUACGCAAGGAAAAUGAAAUGUUCAGGUCGGCGAUGCACCAGGAUGCUCAUGAAUUCCUUAACCUCCUUCUCAAUACUGUGGUUGAGAAUAUCGAAGAACAUGAUCGAAAGUUAAUAGCCCAGAAAAGGGCUCAGGAGCCUCCUCCCCCGACAAUCGAAGAACCUACCGAUAUGACACGGACAGAAUCAGCCACGGUCUCAUUUCCUUCUAUACUCCCCGUUCCCACAGCGAACUCUCCGACACGAUGGCUUCACGAACUGUUUGAAGGCACCCUUACUUCCGAAACACGAUGUUUAACCUGCGAAAAUACGUCACAGCGGGAUGAACCAUUUUUGGAUUUGUCGGUUGAUCUGGAGCAGCACUCUUCCGUGACGGCUUGCUUACGCCGAUUUUCGGAAGAGGAAAUGCUUUGCGAGCGAAAUAAAUUCCAUUGCGACAAUUGUGGUGGCCUCCAGGAAGCCGAGAAACGUAUGAAAAUCAAGAGACUUCCACGGAUAUUGGCUCUCCAUUUGAAGAGGUUCAAGUAUACUGAAGAUUUACAGAGGUUGCAGAAACUCUUCCACAAAGUUGUCUACCCCUAUCACUUGAGGCUAUUCAACACGACCGAUGAUGCAGAGGAUCCGGAUCGGCUUUAUGAACUCUACGCGGUGGUGGUUCAUAUUGGUGGAGGACCAUACCAUGGCCAUUACGUCGCUGUUAUUAAAACCCAGGAUCGAGGCUGGCUUCUUUUCGACGACGAAAUGGUCGAACCUGUCGAUAAGAAUUUCGUUCGCAAUUUCUUCGGGGAUCGACCAGGACUUGCGUGCGCUUAUGUCCUUUUCUACCAAGAGACUACCCUCGAGGCAGUACAGAAGGAACAGCGAAUGGAACGCCAAAGGCGGACGCCUCAUGAUAUGACCACUGGCCUGGCUGCUCUAACGAGACAGUCAGCAGAGUUGCAUCGGGUGCAGACCGUCUCGCCAACGGGCUCCCCCGUAUUGCCCUCAGAUGGCCCACAAUACGCUGUCCUUGAUCAUGCGAUGACGGCGCCUCCACAGUUCAAGGCCAAUGGUCAUGUCGAAACGCCACAAUCCCCUCCUCUCGCUGCUGUCAGACCCUCGAGCCCCGUCGUUCGAAGCAAGAAGGAAAAGGCCAAAGAAGAGAAAGCGCGCAAAGCCGCCGAGAAGCAGGCCGAGAAGGACAGACUGGAAGCCGAAAGACAACGUCGGAAAGAAUUGGCCGCUAAACUAGCGGAAGCGCAUAAAAGACAAGAAGCGGAGCUCAAGGCUGCAUUGGAAGCGAGUAAGGUCUCAAAGGCCGAGGAGGAUAGACGUCACGCAUUGGAAAGAGCGGAGACCGCGCAACCUAACGGUACCGGUCAUUCUGGUUUGGAUCGAUUCAGGCGGUCCAAGAGUCUCCGAUUUGGAUCAUUAGCCAAGAAGGACAAGCCGCACCCGAACCCGUCAGAAGAGCAUAUUGUAACAACAUCGGCGGAAACAGAAUCGUCUGAAAAGGAGAAAGACAAGGAGAAAGAAAAGAAAAAUCGGUUCAGCAUUCGGAAGAAAUCCUUUGGCAAGUUGUCAUGA